UCUUCAUUUCUGUCCUUUUGUUGUUGAUCAGUAGCUGAAUCCAAGCACAGAUAAUGCAGAGGAACACUGGCUUCUGCAAAAGCUUGGUGAAAGACCACAUUACUACCAUGACAAGGGCCACUGAUGGAGAUUCCAACAACAAGAAGAUGAAGAAUAUUGAAGAUGAUGAAGACUAUAUGAAUGUGUAUCCAUGGCCUCCGAGGUCUUACACAUGUAGCUUCUGCAAGAGAGAAUUCAAAUCUGCUCAAGCUCUGGGUGGCCAUAUGAAUGUUCAUAGGAAAGACCGAGCCAGGCUCAGAAGCUCACCCCCAACCGAUUUUAUUGGUCAGUACACUCACAGUACUAUACUUAAUCUCAACCUCAAACCUAACCCUAACCCUAAUUUCGCAUCCUCACCACUACCAUCAUCAUCUCCCUUCUCUUCUGUUUCAACUCGGCAGCUCCCACCGUUAACUACUAGCUCUUCGAUAUCACAACCUUCUCAUCCCCCUCCUACAUUUCCAUCACCAUUUGAUACUUGCCAUAGUGAAAACAUGAAAUGGGCUGUGGGUGGUACCCUUUCCACUCCUUUAAACCUCAAAACUUUGGAUUUAAGUACUCAAAUGAAGAUUAAUACAGAGUCUCAAGAAGAUGGAUGCAUGAAAUUGGACUUGGAAAUUGGUGUUCUUGGCUGUAACUCAAGGGAUGACAUCGAUUUGGAGCUUCGAUUAGGCUACUCCUAGAGUUGCUUCGGUGUAA